GUAUUAUCAGAUGUUUCCUCAUGGCAGCGGCGAAAAGGCUGUGUUCGGAAUUUUCUCCUAAUUGGAAUAACAAAAAUGCAGGGAUAUCAGGGAAUAAUGGCUCAAAAAAUGGACAGCGUUUUAAAGUGGAAUCCCUACUUAACAUUUGUGCAAAAAUUGUGGCCGAAAAUAUCCCGUUUCAAACAGUAGAACAAAGGUUUGACCGCAUUCCUGAGCCCGUUCAGAAUCGAAUUGUGUACUGGUCGUUUCCUCGUAACGAACGGGAUAUUUGCAUGUAUUCAUCUUUUGCAAACUGUGUUAAAGAUGGAGCAGAAAAUCAAAAGUUGCCAUUCCAUCAAGGAGUAAGGUUAUUGGAAAACGGAGCUGUUGACAAUGUAUUACAAAUUGGCUUUCAUUUGAGUGGGACGGUGAAGGAGCCCUCAAAUCCCCUGUAUUCUUCUGACCCCGAUGUUCCCUACCAGGUUUCAAUCAGCUUUGAUAGGUGUAAGAUCACCUCUGUCAAGUGUGGCUGUGGAAACAAGGAUAUCUUCUGGUGUCAACAUGUGGUGGCCCUGUCUCUGUACCGUAUAAGGAAGGCGGAUAGUGUUGAACUGCGGGUCCCCAUCUCGGAAACCCUUUUACAAAUGAGUCGAGAACAGCUUCAAAAGUUUGCUCAGUAUCUCAUUGCUGAGCACCAUACAGACGUUCUUCCUACAGCUCAAAAAAUAGCAGAUGAGAUUGUAUGUGCAAAAUCAGAAAUCAACUUGUUACCUGGUGCUCCUGACCCCACGGCUGGUGCCUCUGUGGAUGAUGACAACAGCUGGCAUCUUGAUGAGGACCAGGUCAGAGAAACUGUCCGGUGCUACUUGUCCCAGGGGGGCUACCUCAAUAUGGCCAACCAGCUUACAUUUAUGUUUGCCAAGGUCCGUGAAAUGUUGCGUGCUCGAGACUCCAAUGGUGCUAGAAUGUUGACUCUGAUCACUGAACAGUUCUUGGCAGACCCUCGGCUUGUUGUCUGGAAAUCUCAACGACAACCAAUGUCUGACAAGUGCAGACAACUAUGGGAUGAAUUAGGUGCAUUGUGGGUGUGUGUGGUGCUGAAUCCUAACUGUUCUAAUACUGACCGGGACCAUUGGCAGAGCCUAUUGAACCAGUGGUCCUCCUGCAAUGUGUGUCCUCUGGAGGACCCAGAUGUCCUUAAUGCAGACCUCACCCUCAGCAACAUUAACAACAGUUCCCCCUUUCCCAGUAAGCCACGAACCAUAUUUCACAGAGCCAUGGAUGCCAGUGAAUUGAAGUGGCACGACCCCCACCUAAAGCUGAUUUUAAGACGGGACCCUGCAUAUCCAGACUGCCCCAUGUGGCAUGAACACUUCCCAACAGCAUGUGCCCGUGUUGAUGCCUUACGUUCACAUGGUUAUGUAAAAGAAUCCUUGCGAUUAGCUGUAGCUAUUGUACGAUCUCUUAAACAUCAACAGAGAGUGAACCAGGAGCGUUACAGGUACCUGAAUGAAGACGUGCCCAGUACGAGUAAAAGUUGCCCACACAGGAGUCCGAACAAUCUGGAGGGUUGGGUGGGGCAUGCCCUGGACCCCACAGGAGUUCUGUACGACACUCUGACAGAAGCUUCUAUUGACACAGAAGAUACUUCUCAAGCAGAUACUCUGAGUGGUCGAUUAUUCUCCGGAGACAAUCACAAUUGUAUACCCCCACGCUACCGCCAUGUUCCCAUCCCCAACAGCAAAGACCGCAGCGAGUCUUAUCUCACCAUGGCAUUAGAAGUAGCCCUUAUUUGCCUUGGUCAGCAGAGACAGAUGCCGUCUGGUUUGUACGCUCAAGAGAAAGCUUGUAAACAGGAGGAGAGGAUAUUGUCCCGCUUACAGGCAGUGCAAUUGGAGACCUCACUAAUGGAGGUCAUGAGGCGACAGGCAGACCUUCUGCUAAGAGGUGGUAGUAGCUCAGGACUUGGAGAAGGCAUACACGCUGAGAGUUAUCCCAUGCACACAUUUGCGAAGUUCAUGUUCAACAGUCUACUGUCGUACGAUCAGAAUUUGGCUUAUCGUGUUGGACUCCGUGCCAUGAGACUUCCAGUAUUAGAGGACACCGAGGAUAUUGACGAUGGAAUUAACAACAUAGGGUCAGCCAUGCUGAGUCGUUUCCCACGCUGGUUUAUUCUCGGUCACAUUGAGGGCCAACAGUGUGAACUAGCAUGCACUCUACUGGCUGCGGCUAAAGAAGACAUCGGGAGGUUAAAAACUGUCUUGGAUGUAGCACAAAAACAUAUUCACAGUUCAUCCCAGUUGUUCAAGCUAGCCCAGGAUGUGUUCAAAAUAGCCACCCCAGCAGAUGCUCCCAAACAUAUGCCUGCCCUGAAUGCUGCAUUUGAACUUGGACUCCAGGUUAUGAGAAUGACUUUGAUGACGAUGAAUUGGAGAAGGAGGGAGAUGGUGCGAUGGCUAGUGACGUGUGCCAUGGAGGUCGGCAUCCAGGCCCUCAUCUCCAUCAUGCAAAACUGGUUCCAGCUCUUCCAACCCAUCGAGGCCACUAGUAUGGUGGCUACCAACAUUAUGUCUCAUAGCACCAUGAUGCAGUUAAAUGUCAACUUCCACCAGCAGGAGGAACUGGCAAAUCAUGCGAGAAAACUUGCCCUCCAUUGUGCCACCAAAGAUCCACAAAACUGUGCUCUGUGUGCCCUGACUCUAUGUGAGAAAGAUCCUAUUGCCUUUGAAACUGCCUAUCAAAUAGUCAUUGAUGCAGCUGCUCACAUUAUGAAUUCCAGUCAAUUGUUCAACAUUGCUCGGUAUAUGGAACAUAGGGGCUACCCAAAUCGGGCUUACAAACUGGCACUUUUGGCUAUGAAAAAUCUCAAACUUUCUUACAAUCACGAUACUCACCCAGCAAUCAAUGACAUUCACUGGGCCUGUGCGCUCAGCCAUAAUUUGGGAAAGAAUGAACUUUCAAACAUGAUUCCAUUGUUGACUGACAAUGUGCACUGUGCUACUGUGUUAUCUGAUGUACUACGACGGUGCACCCUGACUGCCCCGGGUCUGGGGAGCACCGAUGGCAAACGCCGUGCAAUAAAACACUUGACGAGUUAUGCAUUGAUGUCGCAGUGGAUGAACCAGGUUGGGAAUCGAUCUAAGGGCCCCGUGGAAGGUUACGUCUCACAACCUAAUUUCCCAGCCAAACACAGCGCGGGAAACGUGUAUGGUAGACGAUCCAGAAUGGUGAAUUCAGACGGUGCACCGAGUCCCUAUAACCCAGACGCUGCCCAGUUGGCCGCGAUGGAUGAAUCUAUUCCUCCGCACGCCCGUUACUCCACAAAGAAUGGGUAUGACGAUUUCCACAAAUCCUACCAACAAAUCAGCCAGCAGUUCCCCAACACAAACUUCCCCGUGUUUGGUCCGCCAAAACUGCGACACGGCAGAGCAGGCGGGAGCUGGCGUCACGUGAGGGAAGUUCUGCAGGCAGGAGGACGACGCAUUGUGUUUGUAGAUGCAACAAUAUAUGGACUUGAAAAGAAGAAAGCAAUGGAACAGGGAAACUGGGCUGUGAUUCGAUAAACAGUAUUACUUCGUUAUCAUAAAACUUUCAUCAUAUGUUAGUUCUGACUACUUCCAAUGACUCGACUACAACAUUGUGCUAUCAAUAUCAGUAUUAUCUUUUGUUUGUUUUGUAGAUUUUUAUUUAUUAUGAAAUAUAAAUGAAACUGAAUUUUA